CGCACUUUUGUAUCUUGUAUCUUUCAGUGUGAGUGAGACAGGUGUAUCAUUUUAAUGCGUUGAGUUGAGUGGAGAACGCCGUACGCCGAACGGCGUUCACUCUUUAAUUUCAGUCUGCUUCUGCUCCUUUUGCUUUGUGUUGAUGACGAAAUGCCUUGUUGUGUAUUGUUUUUCUGUGUACAAGGCAAGGUUAUGUAAUUAUAAAUUGUUUCAUACAUAGUUUAUAAUUGAAAAAACAUGGCCAAUCGAACAGUUAAAGACGCGAAAUCGAUUCGUGGUACGAAUCCUCAGUAUCUGAUCGAGAAGAUCAUUAGAUCCAGAAUAUAUGACAGCAAAUACUGGAAAGAAGAAUGUUUUGCUCUCACGGCCGAACUUCUGGUCGACAAAGCCAUGGAGUUAAGGUUCAUAGGGGGUGUUUAUGGUGGCAAUGUAAAGCCCACACCGUUCUUGUGCUUGAUCCUCAAGUUGCUUCAAAUUCAGCCAGAAAAAGACAUUAUAGUUGAAUUUAUCAAACAGGAGGAAUUCAAGUACACCCGAGCACUAGGUGCAUUUUACAUGCGUUUGACAGGCACGUCUUUGGACGUUUAUCGUUAUCUGGAGCCUUUGCUACAUGAUUACAGAAAAUUGCGAAAGCAAAAUAGGGAAGGAGAAUUUGAACUUUUGCACAUGGACGAGUUUAUUGAUGGUCUCUUGCGAGAUGAGCGAAACUGCGAUAUCAUAUUGCCCAGAAUUCAAAAGAGGCAUGUGCUCGAAGAAAACAAUGAACUAGAGCCCAGAGUAUCUGCACUGGAUGAUGACGACGAAAACAUGGAGAGUUCAGAGGAUGAGGAACUGGCUAUUCCACCUAGCGAACACAUGAAACGGAUAGAAGAGUAUGAAAGAGAGAGAGAUCGUUACCGAGAACGAGAGUCAAAGAGGCAUUCGCGUUCGGACAAAAAGGAUCGAGGUCGAUCUAGGAGCAAGUCUAGGUCUCGAGACAGACGAGACAGAGAAAGGAAAAGAGAGAAAGAUAGACACAGGGACAAAGGUCGUCGAGAUAGGGAAAGGGACAGAGAAAGAGAACGUGAUAGAGACAGAGAACGCGAUAAGGAAAGGGACAGAGAUAGAGACAGGGAUAGGAGAAGAGAUCGUGAUAGACGCUGACGUGAUGUUAGUCAAAUUAAUUAAUUGUACAACUAUUUUUACAGUACUAUUUUGUACAAUGAUAUUUUUGUAAAUAGGCGUAUAUAUGUAUGUAAGCAUAAAGCAAUGUAAAACUUCAAAUAUUAAUAAAAAAAAAUUACCUUACAAUUGUAAAGUAUUUCUAUGGGAAAAUUAG